UAAGUGUGAUGUAAGAUAUUACUUCAGUAUGAUAAAAUUCUUAUACUGAGACAAGUUUAUAAUGAUUGAGCGAUUGUACGUAUAAAAGAAAAUAAUCAGAUUAUCAAGUACUGUUCAAAAUGGAGUGGCUAUGUGGAUGGGCAACCAUUAACCUUUUGAUAUACUUUUCCGUUCACGUUGCGAAUGUUUUCUGCCAAAACAUUCAAGUGGAGCGAACUUCUCCAGAAGUUUUAAUGCAACCUCAAAUAGGAAAUUGUAAAAAGGAAGUUACCCAAACACAAUGUCCAUCUAAAGCUCAAUUAAUAAACGCUUUGUUUUCAUAUGCGACCGCUCAAGGAUUAUUGCCAAAAACGACUGAAAUAAUCAAAUCAACGCUGCCACAAAAACGCCCACAAGAAUCAGUUUGUCAAAAUGCACCAAAAUUGCUUGAUAUCGUACCUCUACAACCUCAGAUGUCAUCAAAUUGUGAAAAGAAGCCAGUAAUAACCAGUAUUCCAGCCAUACCUCUCAACCCUAUUCAAAAUCAAGUAACACCACCAACAACAACGUAUUCUCAAGCAAUGAUUUUACAACCCACAUUACAAACUGAAUCAGUUCCUUGGACGUUUCCAUCUCAAACAUGCCAAGGAGGAUGUUUCGAGACUUGUGUAUGUGCUCAGCAACCUCAAACAGUAUGGCAGAUCCCACAACCCUCACAGCCCAUAACUGUAAUAAACAAUUGCCCAUCAAAUCCGCCUGUAGUAUUUAGUGAAACGCCUCGUUAUGCUAAUUUACAAAUAAGUCCUCCGACUCGUAUAGUUACUCCAAUAAAUACUGAAUGCAGUACUUUUAAGAAUGUUUUGGAGACAAAUUGUGGAACUUUAUCUGAAAACUCAGCGUUGGUUACAUGUGACGGUAAACCGGGUAUACCUAUUAACUUACAAAUAAACAUACCGUCGCCGAAUGAUCUAUAUCCUUCAAUAACAAUUGUUACUGGAGCACCAACCAAUUCUGACGCUGCUACCGCUUUUUCACCAUAUGCAUAUCCACCUCCGCUACCAAAUAAUAUGAUGAGGAGAUCACGGUCUUGCUUGCGUAAACUGUUGCCUAUAUUAUUGUUAGCUUUGAUUGAUGACUGUGGAGGUUGUGGGGGAUAUAGCUGCCAAUGCGGUUGUGAUUCAGAUGACUUUAUGCCCGUACCAUAUCCCAUUUCCUUUGCUGUAAAUUGUCCUCUGAUAAACAAUGGAUGCGCUGGCUAAAAGUUACUUUUCUAUAACAAGUUGUGAGAUAUGGUAACUCAUAUUGCGAAAAAAAUGUUUUUGAAGAAAUAGCUAUAGUUAUAAAAAAUUUAGAAAAUAAAACUAUUCAAUAUUUUGAACUGGCAAACACAAAAACGAUAAAAGUAGUGACUUUUAGAAGGCAUCCAAAUGGAUGUGGCUCUCCAUACUCCUCUCGUAACCGAGAGUCAAGAGAUUAUGGAAAGUGGCAUGUAACUAAACGAAUUUCGUGUUUGAAUUAAAUACGAAAAUUGUACUUUCAGUUAUAUUUAGACCGUAAGUUUUAAAUAAAAUAAUUUAUUAUGCAAAUUAAAUGAGUAGUUAUGAUAUA